AUGUCGACGCCUCCACGUAAACAUCCGCAAUUAGUUCUACAAAAAGAAGAGGAUAUUAGUCCGGAUCGAUACCACAGCGCACAUCCUGACGCGGAUAAUGAAUUGAUCGAUCAGUAUUUUGUUGCCAUUGAGCGUUGCGAUCUGGAAAGAGUGCAGGAAUGCCUUCAAUCCGGCGUACCGAUCAAUACAUACGAUAUGUCCGGCAGGACAAUCUUCCACAUUGCCGCAGCCAAUGGCUCUCUGGCUCUUGUCAAAAUUGUGAUUGACUAUCCAGGCAUUGACUUGAACAUUCGCUCACUCGAUUUUAUGCUGACGCCAUUGCAUGAAGCUGUUUUAGCUGAACGGGAUGAGAUUGCUGAAAUAUAUAUUAAUGCUGGUGCUAAAAUUAAUAUCCCCAAUGGGCAUGGCUCAACUGCAAUUCACAUGUCGGUGAAGACCAAAUCAAUAAGCAUCAUUCUAUUAUUGAUAAAGCACAGAAUAAACCUAAAUGCAGUGGACAUUUUCUGUAACACCGCCCUUUCGAUUGCAGUCUUGGAUCUAAGGGACUUUGAAAUCAGCCAAACACUGAUAAAGCAUGGCGCGAGAGUAAACAAAAGUAGAUUCCAUGCAUUAUAUCUGUUCCAUGAGGCAAUUUUAAAUUGCACUGAGAGUGAUGAUAUUGUGUUGUUGAAACUGCUGGUGAGGCAUGGAGCAUUCGUAAACUAUGUUGAUGAAUCUGGCAGGAAUGCCCUGCACUAUGCAGCAAUUGGCGGAUUGCCAUCGCUUAUCCACUACCUGCUACAUGUUGGAGUAAAUAUCACGGUGCGGGACAAAACAAAUCGCACCCCACUUGAUGUGGCCAAACAAUUCCAACACCGCGACGCAAUUAGUGUGAUGAACUCAUUCAUUAGAUCUACGGAAGCUCAAACGAAUUCCCCUUGAAAUUUCUUUGCGCUUAAUUUAUUAUGUUCUAAAUAACUGUAAGGUGUCGAUUAGAUUAAUAAUUAUAAUUACCUUGUAGAUUACAGUAUUCAACAUUAAAUAACAUCCAUAUUUUUA